AUGGAAUCAAUCCUCGUCGGUACCGUUGAACAAGAUCAAGAUCGAUUUUUCGCUGUCAGAUUAGGGCAGCAGCCAUAUCGAACCUUUGUUCUCCACUUGAGCAAUUUCCCUCCAAUCAAUUUCCCAAUAUAUCGAGGAGAUGUUCUGGAAGUCAAAGUGAACGCUAAUCGAGGGGUCGAAGCUAUUUUGAGAAAAAGGGGGAGUUUCGAAAACGGGCGCUCCUACUUUCAGGUACCUUUGUUUGUAUUGAAGCCUUCCAAAUAUUUUUCAAUUACGAUUUUCAGGCGGAAGCCAUGCACAUCGAUAACGUUAUAACUACUCGUAGCGGUAAGCUAGAAUUUUUUACACGAUUAGGUCUUAACUUUCAGAAAGUAUAAAAAUAACUGACCCGGAUGGAAUCCACACAAAUCAACUUGGAAUUUUCACCGUUGGUUUUAAAGAUCGAAUUGACAAACAAAAUGAUCACCUCACGACUUUUUAUGCCGUUGAAGUGAGCUCCGUACUUUUAAAUACUUGGGAAUAUUAUAUUUUGUAGGUUGACGCUCAAGGUGAAAUUUUGAGAAAGAAACAGCCAGUUGUCCAGAUUCCUAUGACAGUUUCAAACGUAAGCUUAACGAUUUUUUCCUUUUUUGAGAGCCAUUUGCGCGAUCUUGCAACAUUCUGACGUGUCUGCGCUCUCUUGUCUCUCACAGCAACGCGAGAACGAGAGAAGAAGAGAGCAUUUCAUGAGAAGUUACUGUGAGUGAGGAGAGGGAACAGACAAUCAAAAAAUAUAUAUUCCUGGAAAGUGUUUCAAGAUCGAGUUUGAUGGAUAAUUCACCUUUCACUGUUCGAAAAGCUUCAUUUAGAACUUCCAAUCCACUUUGGCUCUGGUUACAACGGCGGGAAAAGGGAUGGCAUUCAUGGUCACACUUGAUAAGAAGCCGUACCGAACAAUUGUCGCUUUCUUCUCCAAGAUCCAUACUCCUUUCAAUUUGGCGCCUGGCCAAAUUAUCGACAUUGAUUUCACCGAUGAAGGACAUGUUACUGCUGUCAAAAGCCUCAAAAGGACUCUUGAAACCGUUGGAAAGUGUUUUAAAGUAUUUUAUCUACUAAGUAAAGGUUUAAUGAGGGAAUUUUCAGGUGGAGGCCAGCUACAGGAACGGCGUCCUCUAUUCAGAUUACUGUAGGAUUCAUUGUUUUUAUACUUUCUUAUGAAGAUUACUUCAGGCUCUUUUGAAAUCGAAGAUCCGAAAGGUGUCGGCAGAUCUAAUAAUAUUGUCAUGUUCCGCUGUAAUAACACGAAGGAUGCCAUCCGCAGGACGGAUAUCAUUUUAGUUGAGGUGAGUUGGAUGAAAAUGUUUUUUUUGAAUCAAGAAUUCAGAAGUGAAAGUUUGAAUCUAUUUGAAAAUUUUCAGCCUGAAACGGACAACAAAAAAGUUGAUAGAUCAUCUCAAGACUCGGUUAGUUCACCUUUCCUCACCUAUAACUUUCUCAUUCUUGCAGAUAAGCGAUAUUGGCCGAUCAAACAAUUGUUCCCCAAGAAAUAUUCCUGAAAUAGUUUCGAAACUUUCUGAUCGUUGAUACAGGUUGAUGAAUUUCAGCCCGAGGAAGGAGCUCCACCCCCUUACAGUGCAAUUUAUGGAGGAGCAGAUCGAAAUGACGCGGGUGCACUUCCGAGAAAUGCACCUUUCGAAAAUGAGGUCUAACUUGGAUUUGAGAAACUAUCCGUUGUUUGGAGAGGUCCUAGGAACGCCAGAGAGGUCCCUAGUUGGGUUGGUGAGAAAAAAAAAAGCGGCCAGUUUAGGAACAAAAUGGUGCUCCAUAUUAUAUAGGGUAAAAUGGUCUCUAAAGUGGUUUAGGGUCCGACUCCUAACAAGGCAGGUCAUUUUACUUUGCGAUUAGGAUUUUCCUGGAAAUCGGCCAAGAAACUUUUUGAUGUACCAAAUGAAAAUCCUGAAAGUCGCAACCUGCACAACUGCCUAGUUUCCGAGAAAACCUCAAAAUCGAUUCAAAAAAAUAGACUGUUCUGAGGCUUUAGACCCUUAUUUCUCAUGAACAAGGGAGCUGUGCAAGUUGAGACGUUCAGGAUAUUUUCUGGUACAUCAAGAAACUUUUUGGUCAACUUCCAGGAAAAUCCCAACCGCAAAGUAAAAUGACCUACCAUGUAAGCCUCUCGACCUGCUCCUCAUGGUGGUGCUCAAUUUCAUCUAUUUUAUGAUCUGAAAGUGAAAAAACCGUACUGAAUGAAACUUAAAGGCAUAGGGGCAGUAAAAAAUGGGGUUUCAGGUUAAAGCAGUAUCUUAUAUAGUUUUUUAUUGCGAAUCGAACGGUGUACUCAAAAAAAUUACAGGUGUGACUAAUUUUGAAAAAAGCUUUGGAUCGGUAUGCAGACAAAUGUUUACAGUAGCCGUGCACGCGAUGUUGCGGACGUCUCAUUAGAUUCGCAUUCUGUGAGAAAUAACCGGAUUUCUGCUUCAAAUCAAGGGAUUCUUCUCUGAAAAAUCGAUUUAGAAAACAGAAAACAGACACCGAUAAUGAAGAAAACACAAAUAAUCGCUGUCCCACUCGAAACCUGUGUAAAAUCAUCAUUUUUCACCAGAAAAGCAUUUUUGCGAUCGAAGUUUGCAAAUUAUACAUGAAUAGAAAGCUUUUGUGACGAAAAGAACUUUGGUGACAACAGAAAAAAUUAAAAAUCGAAAGAAAUUAAGAAAAAAGCGAAAAUCCAGAAGGUGGCGAGGCCUGUUGUCCAUAGAGCAACUUUACUGCAAGGCGCCCUUUUCGCGGGAACUCAAGCUUUCUUUUCUCCGACUUUGAAUUAUUUUUUCUCCAAAACUAGGAACUUCUGUACGUUUCCAAGUUUACCGUUCGAUUCGCAAUGAAAAGCUCUACAAAGUACUGCUUUGAACUGAAACACCGUUUUUUUCUGCCCCUAUGCCUUUAAUCGAUUAUUUUUCUGUUAAUAUUCUUCUUUUCAAAUAAAGCUUAUUCAAUGAGUUUUUGGCUUAAAAGUUCUUCUUCUCAUAAGGCUGCAACAAAAAAUAACAAUAAACGAAAAAUGCCCCCCUAGGUUACUAUCUAAAACCCUAAGAGUGCUCACUUUCGUGAGCUUUAGUAAUUCCUACAGAGGGAAGGUAAGGUGUUUCCUAGAGGGGAACCUUCAGGUACCACAAGUUUGCCUAUCUGGGAACUACUCUGGCAUUCAAAAAAAAAAAAGUCACUUGAAACGAAAAGCGUUAUGUAGGCCUUAAGAAAUUAUGUUAUUCAGGAUCCAACGGUUCGUAACCGAGAUAUUCAGCCAGCUUUAGCAUCACCUACAGAAAAACCGAAAAGAGUGAGAUUUCUUGAAGCCAAGAACGUCUUCAAUAACUUAGAUGAUAGGGUUGUUGAUCAAUUCAACCCCUCCGCUUAUGAAACCCUCCGCAAGUAUUUCAACCAAUAAAAAGCCGAAAUAAACUCAUGGAAUGUUAAGAAAAAAACAAAAAUAAAGAAGUUAAUCUAAUUAUUUCACAUAUACUUACCAUCAACCGUUUUAUAUGAAAAUAAGUGUAGGGACCGCAGACGAAUUUUCAAAAAUUUUUUUUCAGCAUUGAGCUUUGUAUGGUUUGAUAGCUGUUUUGAUUCAAAAACUUAGAACCGUUUAGUUUUUUUCAAAAAAAGAUUGAGGAUGAAAAAAAGUUAUGACGAAAAAUGUGGCGCGUCGCGCACUAUUUUUUUAGUACUGAAAUUUUUGGUAUUAUCCAUUUUUGACAUUUUCUCGAUUUUUUUCUUCUAGAACAAGUUUUUGACACUGGUCUAUUAUGAUGUAACAAAUCAUAAUAGAGUGCUAAAAUGAUGAAUAUUUGCUAGUUUGCCGAAAAAGUCAGUAUUUUCCAGAAAACAAAAAACUGACGCUUGCGGGCAUCGAACUCGCGACCUCAAAAUGAAAAAUCGCAGCGCACGCGCUGCGCCAAGCUGUUAGGUCCAACUCGGGGAGCUUCCAUCCGCCAUACCCUUGAGCCGUUUGAAUAGCACAGAUUGCCUAUUUCAAAAAUAAAAAUUUGAAGUAAUUAAGCUAUUUUUAUUAGAAUAUGUUCGCAAAUCUUUACUCAAACUUUUCGUGAGAAAUUCACUUCGAAAAAAACUGUUUUUUUAGUGCUUUUUGCCUCGUUUAAUGAUCGCUGCAUUAAAAACGGCCCCGUAAAUUUUUUUGGCAAAGACGAAUUUUUUUCAUUUUAUUCUUAAUUGAAAGAUUUUUUUACUAAUAAAUGUAUAUAAUCAUUUGAAAAAAACCUGCGUUCGACCGCUUUCUGUGUGAUAAACGCCGCUAAUUUUUGUUCUCUAGUUUCAAGAGCAUUUUUGCGUAUUAAACAACUUUUUUUCAAGCAAAGAUUCUGUAGAGAAAUAUUUAAGUAAGCCCAUGAUCUAAAUUUUGAAAAAAACAAAAAAACUCGAUUAUAUUCGCUUAUUAACGAUAUUUUGAAUUAUGACUUUCGGCACUCCCUAAAAAUUUUUUUGGCAAAGACGAAUUUUUUUAUUUUAUUGUUUUAAAAUUACCGUUACUUGAAUCAAAAAUCAUUAUUUAAAAAGAGUGCGUUCGACCUGAAAAACACAUGAAAAAAAGCAAAAAAACGACAAAAUUUUUUUAGUUCCAUUCACGUUUUUUUGUACGACAUUCCGCGAGAACGCAUCAAAAAAAGCUUGAAAUAUUUUUUUAAACGAAAGAGGAAGCUUUUUCUGUACAUGUAUGUCAAAAUUUAUUAUCCAGUUCCACAUAUUUUGCAACUACAGCAAAAUGAAAGUUGAAAACCAAAAAAAAGCCACUUUUUCUAUCGCGAAAAGGGGCGUGGCUUUGCGGUCCCUAAAUAAGUGUUACCCUUUUUGAAAAAGGCUUUUUCUUCGUUUUCACUAGAUAUGUUGAUUUUUGCUGUUAUCGUUCAAACUCAUUAUAUAAACUUCUCAUUUCAAAAGUUGUCGGAUCGCAAUAAGAAUUGUAAUGGUAUAAGAAUAAAAAAAUUUUCAAGACUGAUCUACAGGCCAAAAAAAUAUUAUUAGAGCGGUGCGUAAGUAUUACAAAUUUUCCUUUACUUUUUUUCUUUUUAUCUCAGAUAAAACAGACAACAAAAAUUUGAUGUAUUCUCCAUCCGCAUCGAUUUCUUAUUUAUAUUUAUAUUUAUUUAAACGUACGUGAAAAAAAUGUUCAUUUUGUAAGAAAAGAAAGGGCGUCGCGACAUUGCACCGUUGCACACAGCCAAAUUGUGCUAAUUCACCUCAACACUCGGUAUUUUACUUUUCCUCGCCUGUAAAUUUCUUUUUUAAUAAUAAUAAUUUAUUGACAGAUCAGCGUGAACCCUAACGAGUUCACUUAGAUCUAUAAUUUAAGAGAAAAGAUUAUAAAAUUAUACUGUAUAAUUAUACAUCAUUUGAGACUUGGAGGAAUAGAUAAGGAGAUCUCGUGUUAUGAUAGAUUGACAAGUAAACUUUUUGAAGGCUUGGAGUGGUGGCUGAAAUGAAACUUGGAGGUGAGCUUGUUCCAAAAAGGAAUAGUUUUAGAAAAAAAAAUCAUUGGAAAACUGUUUUUAUUUUCUUUUCUUUCAGGCAAAUGAUUCCGGCAGAUUGAAGAUUUGUCCUCCAAGCGAUAUUCCUGAGGUGAUUAUUGAGAUUUUGAAGCUUUUUUAAAAUUGACUCAUGUUUAGAAUGUCCAGCCCGGAGAAGCAGCUCCACUUUCUUACAGUGAAAUUGUUAAAAGAGGAAAAUAUCCAAAUAGUGCGGGCGCACUCCCGAAAAGAGCACCCUAUAAAAAUCAGGUUAAAUCAGAAUUUACAAAGUUCCCCAGCUUUUGAGCAUUUAAGUCAUUAGUAACGUAAACAUGGUAAGCCUUGAAAAAUUGAAUUUGCAGAACCCGCCGGUCCGUGAGAAAGAGCAGAAUAAUUACGAGCCAGCUGUACCAGCUCCUCUUCAAGAAAACUUCCUUGAAGCUAAUUAUUUCAUGUGGUUAUCACUUAUAUUUAUUAUCCUUGCAGUUUUAUCCAAAUUUUUUGGAUUUUAAUAUGAUUUUGAAUGUGUUGUGGAAUGCGGAAUCUCCGUAAAACUACACACAACUCAUGUGCGCGCUAGCGUACAUUGUUACUGCGUAGAACUCCUCAGGCACUGACGGCGCGUGUUUGUUGCCAAAAGUGCGCAUGCGCGCCGCCUGCUGCGCGCACGCGCGGGGUGUCUUUUUUGUUUUUUAGCUUUUUAACUAAUUGAAAAGUUAUAAAUUUAAUAUUUUUCUGUUCAUCUCUUAAUAUUGCUCUGCACCAGUUCAUAACAGUUAGAUUGCACAAAAAAAUUUGAAAUAUCAAAGUUUCACUUGGCAAUCAUAAAUCUGUUCGAAAGUGCUCGGAACAACUUUAAAACGUGAGCAGGAGCACUGGGUAGUAUCACAAAAAAAUAUAAAAAAAUAUUUAAAAAAACCAUAUUUCAGUGGAAAAGGCGAAAAAAAGAAUCAGUACCCCGCGCGUGCGCGCACCAGUGCCUGA